AUGGCCGCGCCGGUCGCGUUCGCCGGCGCGCUCGCGCCGUCUCCGCGCGAUCGAUCCGCGCGCGCGUCGUCGUCCUCGCGCGCGCGCGCGGCGGCGCCGCCGCCGUCCGGUCGUCCUCGGCUCGGCCGAGUGAUUCGAUCGUCGUCGUCCCCCAGAGAUGCGCACGCGUCCCACGACGAGAGCGACGAGAGCGCGGGGCCCCCGCUCGGCGUCGUGCUGACGCACGUCAGCGCCGACUUCGACACGCUCUCCUCCGCGGUCGGGCUCGCGAAGCUGCGCGAUCACCGCCUCGGCGCGCAGUGCACGUGCGUCGUCCUCCCCAGGGGCGCGUCGCCUGGGGUGUCGCAUUAUCUCGCGCUGCACAAGAACAAGUUCCCGAUCAAAGAGUUUCGCGCCGUGGACGCUUCUCGGCUCGAGUGGGUCGGCGUCGUCGACGCGCAGCGGCGCGACCGACUCGCGGACUGCGCGAGUUGGCUCGACGACGCGAAGGACGUCGUCGUCGUGGAUCACCACGCGCUCGCGACGUCGGACAUCGACGCGACGGAGCGGAUCAUUCAGGAGGUUGGCGCGACGGCGACGGUGGUGGCGGAGAUGCUCGAGGCGGAGGACGUCAAGAUCACGGAGGAGGACGCGACGCUGCUCGGGCUCGGGAUUCACACGGACACCGGGUCGCUGACGUUCGAGGCGACGACGCCCCGCGACGCGAAAGCGCUCGCGUACUGCCUCGAGCGCGGCGCCUCCCAGAAGGUGCUCGCGGAGUACGUCAACCCGAACCUGACGCCCGAGCAGAGAGAGGUGAUCGCGCGAGGUUUAGGCUCGACGCGGCAGACGGAGGCGGAGGGACUCACCAUCGCCGCGGUGAACGUGGAGUGCGACGAGUACACGCCCGGGAUGGCGACGUGCGCGAAAGAGCUGCUGGACCUCACCGACAGCGACGUGCUCUUCAUGGCGGUGUCGUACGUUCACGGGAAGAAGAACCCGUACCGCCACGUCAGCGUCAUCGGCCGAGCGAAGCCGGUGAAGACGGUGGACCUGGGGGAGGUACUGACGAACGCGUUCGCGGGCGGCGGGCACCCGAAGGCGGCGUCCGCGGCGUUUCGCAUGGACCAGGAGCUGAAGACCGUGGACGCGAACCCGGAGUUGGAGGCGCGGCGCGUCGCGGGCGACAUCGACGGGAUUCUGGACGUGCUCGUGGGCACCGUGGUGGCGACGCAGGUGCCGCCGCAGAAGACGGCGGGGGACGUCAUGAAACGCGCGGCGAACGUCGUCAGCGCGCGGCCGUCGAUGACGAUGGGGGAGGUGGGCGGCCUCCUCGAGAGGGAACACGGGCACAGGUCGUGCCCGGUCAUCUCCGACGACGGCGUUCUCGUGGGCGUGGUGUCGAUCACGGAGGUUGACGUCGCCGCGAUCAAAGGGCAGCUCGAUCGGCCGGUGAGCGGGUACAUGAAGCUUCGAUCUGCGGUCACGCUGACGACGCCCGUGAGCGAGUGCGAGAGGAUACUCGUCGAGAACGGCGAGGGGUGCAUCCCGGUCGUCGCCAACUACGAGGACGAUAAGAAGGCGUGGAAGCUCGCGGGGCUGGUCACGCGAGCGACGAUACUCAACACGCACGAGUAUUACCGGAGUAAACGCAUGAGCGGCGGACGGGGGUUUAAGGGCCCGCCGCCGAAGACGAAGUUCAACGAGGUGUUCUUCGCCGAGGACGUCCUGAGCAUGGACUCGAUCGACGACGUCGAGGCUGCGCUCAGCGCGCAGGAGAGGGAGUCGCUGGAGGCGUUGCUGCCGCGGGAGGGCGACAAGGGGACGACGAGCGAAGAAGCCUCUUGAAGAGAGAAAGAAAGGAACGCCAACGCUCGCGUCCGUCGCGACGAUUGACGCGAUACCUAAUACGCGCGAAAUGACUGACGACGUCUAUCGCAUCUAGAACUGCUUCGAGAUCUUCACCUCCC